AUGCGCUUUACAACCUUGGUUUGUGCUAUUCUUGCACCUCUAGCAGCCCUGGCGGCUCCAGCCGAGCUACAUAGCAGGUCAGAUAUACUCGCGGCCCGCCAGGCGCGUCCCACAAAGCCGGCACCGUGCGUGCGUGUGAUGAACACAACCGAAGCGCAGACAGCUACGCGUGCCGAAGCCUUCGCCCAAGCUUUCAUCUACAAGAAGGAUAUCAGUGAGGCGUUCAAAUACAUAGCCAAAGACUACAUUAACCACAACCCCGCUGCACAGAACGGGUCUGACUCCGCCUGGAACAUCCUCUCUCCAAUCUGGAGCUCGCAGAGCAUCACACCAUUACGUACAGCGUUCAAGUCCCCACAAAGCUGGCUGAACUACCGCACCGGAAGUUUUGGGGAAGUCGUUGACCGUUUUCGAUGGGAGGGUGGAUGUAUCGCGGAACAUUGGGAUCAAGGCGAGAGAUUUCCGCCUCAAUAUGUCUGA